CACUGAUCAAACACAAAACGGGAAAGAGCUUUGACAGCUGUCAGCUGUAAUUAAAACAGAAAUAGAAAUUUUUCUAAUGAUGAAGUGAAAAUCAUUAAAAUUUAUUCAUCAAUUCCCCACACAAUUAACUUCACUGAAAAUGGCAACUCUAGGCGGACAAAAUGAUGUGGAACUUUUGAAAAAUGAAAUUGAAAGACUUUCGAGAGAAUUAGAUCAAGCAAGUAGUGAAAAAAUACAAUCUGCCCAAUACGGGCUGGUUCUUUUACAAGAGAAAAAUGAGUUACAAGUAAGAUGUGAAGAUUUAGAGACUGCCUUUGAAAACACCAAACAUGAACUAUUGAUCACUCAGGAAGCAUUAGCAAAAUUCCAAUCUAGUCAUAAAGAAUCAACAAAAUCGGGUAUAGAAACUGAAGAAUCCCUAUUAAAUGAAUCUGCUGCUAGAGAAACAUCUCUUAAUUCCCAAAUAAUAGACCUGGAAAGUGAAAUUAAACAGCUUCGUCAUGAAUUGGAUCGAGUUACUGCUGAAAGAGAUAGAAUGCUUCAAGAGAAUACUGAUAUGGGUAAGGAUAAGGAAGAUAGAGGGAUGGAAUGUAAAAAGUUGAGAAGUGAAUUGAGGGAAUCGAAAUUAAGGGAGACAAGGUUGAACUUGGAUUACUCUGAACUUGAAGAGGAAAACAUAAUGUUGUUGAAACAAAUAUCUUGUUUAAAGAGUUCACAGGUUGAAUUUGAAAGCUUAAAGUAUGAAAUACGUACUUUACAUGAGGAAAUGGACUUGAUGCAUUUGCAGCUAGAAGAGAUGACUAAUUUAAAGAAAAUUGCUGAGAAGCAUAUGGAAGAGGCUCUGGAAUCGUUACAGAGUGAAAGAGAAGCUAAAUACGCUUUGAAAAAAGAGUUGGAUGCUCACAUACAUCGUGAAUCUUUUUACAAUAUUAAUAAUUUGGCUUAUAGCAUAAAAGGAAUGGCAGAUGAUGCAGGUUUGGGUAGUGAUGGUGAGGAUGAUCUACCCGGACUGAAGAAAAUUGAAGAUAGUCUUUCUAGAAAUUCUAGUGAAUUAGCUUCACCUGAUGAUAAGCAUGUUGACCUGUUUUCUGAAGUUCAUUUGAAUGAAGUGAGAAAACUAGAGAAGCAAUUAGAUUCUUUGGAAAAAGAGAAAAUUCAGUUGACGCAGAAUCUGAGGGAUAAUCAAAAUAUGGUUGAGAAAAGUCAAGGAGAAUUACAGGUAUUUAUGGCAAGGCUGGUUCAGCUUUCGGCUCAUGUAGAAUCUCUACAACAUCUAUCGAACAAAGUGGAUAAAAAUGUUCAAACACCAGCCAAUGACUACAAGAAAGUCCUAGCUCAGUAUGAACAAUGGUUCAAGAUGUCUUGCAAAGAGAUUUUGCAGUUGAAACAGGAUAUUAAAGAAUUAGAAAAACUUUCCAAUAUCUCGGAUGCUACCUAUACUCUACGUCAGGAAAUCACCAAUCUUAAAACUAAGGUCCUGGACCUGGAACAGAAAAAUCUCGAUCUUGAUAGUGAUUUGAAGUUAUUGAGAGAAUUUGCAAGUUCAGCCGGAUCUUCGUUGGAAGAAACGCAAAAUAAUCUCCAGACAGUUACUGAAGAACUAGCACAACUUUAUCAUCACGUUUGUACAGUCAAUGGACAAACCCCUACUAGAGUUGUUUUGGACCAUGAAAAAGAAGGCAUGACCCCAAUGGCGGAACAAGCACCAUCUAUAGGAGAAAUAUCAAAACUUGAACACCUAAGAAACCAUCUCAAGAGCGAUAUACCUCUUCAUGAUUUGGAAAAUCUCAACGAUACCGCCACUCUGGCAAGAAAUGUAUGUACUGUAGUUGAUCAAAUCAAACAUCUGAAGAAUGCAAUUGAGAACACCAUUGAGCUAUCUAAGACAAAGAGAGAGAAUUCUAACAGUUCUUAUGAAGGUAACAAAGGAGAAAAUAGCGAGGAAAUGGCUGAGUUGCAAGAACAAGUCAUCAGACUGAAGAGUUUAUUAUCUACAAAGCGCGAGCAAAUUGCUACUCUACGCACAGUAUUGAAAUCAAACAAGAAUACCGCAGAAGUUGCUCUUACCAAUCUAAAAGGAAAAUACGAGAAUGAGAAGAACAUUGUGUCGGAGACAAUGAUGAAAUUGAGAAAUGAACUGAGGCUGUUGAAGGAAGAUGCAGCUACAUUCUCCAGUUUAAGAGCUAUGUUUGCCGCACGUUGUGAGGAAUACGUGACGCAAGUAGAUGAACUUCAACAGCAGUUAAAAGCUGCAGAAGAAGAAAAGAAGACCCUUAAUCAAUUGCUGCGCUUGGCGGUGCAACAAAAGUUGAGCCUAACUCAGAGAUUGGAAGACUUGGAGGUUGAUAGAGAAAUAAGAAAUGCUCGCAGACCUAACAACAGAAGUUUCCAAAGACCUGGAAGGUCCAAUAGAGAUGUCUUUUAGCGGUCUUCAAGGUCGCCAAGACCGUUGGUGUAUGUUAUAGCAUUUAUUACCACAUUCUUCAACUUGUAAGUCAUUAUUUAUUAUUCUUUAUACUUUCUGUUUUUCAAGAGGAAUGAUGAUGAUCAUUGUUUUUCAAACACAUUUAUGCUUUGGAGAAGCGUAACUAAAAAUUAACGAGUGUGAUAUAAUGUAUUUUAGAGUAUUGAGAUCAAUACUUACAAUGAUGAGAGGUAAAUUAAAUUUUUUCUUAAAGAAUAUCUAAUUUAUGUAGAGAUUUUAUAACUUCUAUAUUUCAUUGAAUCGUGUCAAUUUUAAUAAUACACUAAGAAAAGUAGAGUAUAUCCUUGUAUUCUAAGUGUCAAAUACUUGCAAGUUUCGAUAAUUGUCAGAAAUGUUUUGACAGUAAUUCAUGGAUAAUCAAGUGGUAUCAUUAUUAUGAAGUAUAUGUCUGGAAUCAUGAAUACAUUAUGAGAUUUUAAUGCUUGAUGAAUCAUGAAUACAUUUUAAUGAUCAUGAAUACAUUAUGAGAUUUUAAUGCUUGAUGAAUGUUAGUAGCAUUAAAAGAAUUAUGGUAAAUUGGUAUUCAUAGAAAAUUAAAAAUAUACCUAUCAAAAUUUCAAAAUGAAAUUUGAAUGCUGUUUCAAAAUUUGACUGUUUCAAAAUGAAAGAUUAGGAUAACUCAACGAAUAGGCAUCUAAUAUAAAUUUCCAACUUCAUUAAGUAGGUGAUUAUUCAAAUAUAUUUAUGAGAUUACUAUGAUGUUGUCUAGAAGUAGUUUUAUCUUUUGGUAGUACUUAUUUUAAUUCUAACAAUUUUCAUGAGUAUUUUAUAUGUUAACCCAUAUUUAUGAUUAAUUUAUUUUCGUGGGGUCAUGGUUUACUCACAUAAAAAAUUAGCAAAAAUGAAAAAAUUUCAAAUUCAUAUUUCUUAGGUUACACUCAAUCUCCAAAAUAUCAAAAUUAAAAAAAAAUCAAAGUGUAGCCUUCGAAAGUUGAAAAGUAACUCAUUAUAAAUGUUCAACAUGUGCAAUAUAUGCCGUAAUAUAAGAAUAAAAUGAUCAAAAUUUCACCAAUGGUGAAAUCUUCAUAAUACGUGUCUCAAUAAACGCUUUUUUGUAAGCUUGUUUGUGCGGUAUUUUUUCAAAUAUAUAUGAGUUAUUUAUUCAUUUGAGAAAAUAUUAUUGCACAUUUCAGGUUUGUUAGUUUUAAGGAAAAUUUCGGGUUGUGUCAAAAAUAACUAAGAAUAAGAUAAAACUGAAAAAUUAUUCCGUGAGUCAUCGUCCAAUAAAUUUGUUGAUUUAUGUCUUACUCCGAGCCUACAGACCACGGAAAACACCGUCCCUAGUAAUUUAAAUUCAACCGUUUACUCAAUAAUAUUAUGAAAUAAUUGUUAAGUUCCAAUGGUUCUUCAAGAUACCAUGAACUGAUUUUAGCAUUUACUAUCGAAAAAUCAUUUAACAAUGCCCCACCUUCUAGGGAGGCAAAGGCGACACAAGAAACAUUCUAGAUUCUGAAAUUUAUACAUGUCUUAUGGAAUAAGUGAGAUAUUUUAUAAUAAUGUUAGAUAAAAGUGUGUUUGUGAUUCUUAUGCGCUGUCAUACUUUUUAACUUGGUGUUGAAAAGUUUAAGUGUUAUGUGUUGUUUCAAUUUAAUAAUAAGUAUAGAUAGUAAAUGUUAGAAUUGUCAAUUUCAGGGUAUUCAAGUGUUCAUGAAUGAACAUUAUAUUCAUAAUUUAUAUAUACUUAACUCAAAUGGUGAAAUUUCAUUGGAACCUUUGAAAAAUAAAUAAUGAAAUGCAUGCUCCAUUUAUAUUUGUAUCAUCUUGUAUUAGAUAUAAUAAUGUUAAUGUUUUUUAUUUAAUGAAAGAUUGUAGUUUUUAUUAUUGAUUUCUGAUGUUGUUAUUGAUUUCAAAAAACUGAUAUCUAGUUAAUGUUAAUCCUAUGUAAUAUUUUUAAUAUAAUAUUAUUAUUAACAGCA